AUGUGGAAUAGAGUGUCCCUGACGGAUUUCGCAAUCGUGUUGCUGGUGUACCUGGAGUCGGUAUGCUCCCUCGUGCUCCGCGUGAUUCCAAGACCAGUUAUCAACCUCUUCUCAGGGAUUAUUAGCCUCACCGCUGGGUCAGGGGAGACCACAUUCGAGGAAAAGCUGCGCUGUGCUCCAACGAUCCACGAGAUGUGUGCCCUGUUCGAUAUCGUAGUGGAGGACCAUCUGGUCCGCACAGAGGAUAACUAUAUCCUCACUUUACACAGAAUCCCUCCACAACCACAUAACUCGAACGGGAAAGCCGUGUACUUGCACCAUGGGCUGCUCAUGUGUUCAGACGUCUGGGUUUGCCAGUUGGAUAGGGCCAAAAACUUGCCUUUUGUGCUGCAUGACCUCGGGUACGACGUAUGGAUGGGGAAUAACAGGGGGAACAAGUACUCCACGGGGCACCUGUACUUCCCCCCCAAAUCUGCGAAGUUCUGGGACUUCUCCAUCGAUGAGUUCGCCUUCUUCGAUAUCCCAAACUCUAUCCAGUUUGUGCUGGACUACUGCCAAGUGGAACAACUCAUUUGUAUUGGGUUCUCCCAGGGGUCUGCUCAAAUGUUUGCCGCUUUCUCCCUCAACGAGGACCUCAACAGGAAAGUGUCACACUUGAUUGCCGUGGCCCCUGCAAUGGCUCCAAAGAGACUACAUAACGUUAUCGCCGAUGCGUUCGCCAAAUCCUCGCCCGCACUGCUGUACUUGUUCUUCGGGAGGAACAUUAUCCUCCCCAGCGCGGUUGUAUGGCAGCGUACCUUGCACCCGGGCCUCUACAGUGUCCUCAUCGACCUGUGCAACAGGAUCCUCUUCAACUGGAGGUCGCUCAACAUCCUUCCUGCACAGAAGGCCAUCUGUUUCGCGAAAUUGUACUCCACUACAAGCGUAAAGACUGUCGUCCACUGGUUCCAGAUCCUAAGGUCGCAGAAAUUCCAAAUGUUUGAAGAAUCCGACGACGUGUUCAACUCGCUUUCGAGACCGUACCAGAUCGCCACUUUCCCCACACGCACCAACAUCAAGAUCCCCAUCUUGCUCAUCUACGGCAGCGCAGACCUCCUCAUCGAUAUCAAAGUCAUGAAGAAGAACCUGCCACCAACGUCCGUCUUCGACGUCAAAGUCGACGAACACGAACACCUGGACCUACUGUGGGGGGAACACGCAGACACUCUAGUCAUUAGCAAAGUCAUCAAGUUCAUCGAAUUCUUCGAUAUCGUCGCAGACACUAACGAAACACACGAUACUCUCCUGCUGACGAACCAGGGCACGCCACAGGAACAAGCCCCACCGUCCAUGAUGAGACGCUCAAACUCGAUCUUCAGCGCAGAGAAACUGCAGAGCGUCACGGGUCUCACACCAAGCAGGACAGCUUUGAACCGCAUCGAGAGCGUCCCCGAAUUGCAACACACGGCAAGCGGGACCACCCGCAGCGCCGUGCACAGCGACGACGAGGACGACGCAGCGAGCAUCGACAGUAUCGAUGAACUCGACAGCAUCGCAGAGGGCGACGAACCAGCGGGGGAGCUCGCCCCUGGGACCAUCCCCAUCGAUAACGACGACGAUGAUGACACAAUGGUCGCGUACCUCAAGAAGAACUCGCAGGUCUACACAGAGAACAAGAUCCAACAGCGAGACUUCUCCCGGUACAUCUCCCACGAGGAACCCACGAAGUGA